UUCGUCGUCGUGUAUAGAUACAUUUUUGUUCUGCGCGGCGAUUACGAACGCAACCAGCCGCGAUGUCGCGUGUUUACCAACCUACCGAUUAUGUUGUCGAAAAGUCGCUAUUGCCGUCGUUUGAAAAAUACAAAGAAAUGCAUAAACAAUCAUUAGAUGAUCCUGAAAAGUUUUGGUCUCAAAUAGCGAGCGAAUUCGAUUGGCAGACUCCGGCUCAGCCCGGCAAAUUCGUAUCGUACAAUUUCGACCUAAAUAAAGGGAAAAUUUUUGUCAAAUGGAUGGAAGGAGCAGUUACUAAUAUUUGCUUUAAUUUAUUGGACCGCAAUGUGAGGAAUGGACACGGGGAAAAGAUAGCAUAUUACUGGGAAGGAAACCACCCGGACGACUACAGCCGCAUCACGUACAGGAAGCUGAUGGACCUGGUGUGCCAGUUCUCCAACGCGCUGAAGGACAACGGCGUGGGCAAGGGGGACCGCGUGUCGCUCUACAUGCCCAUGAUCCUGGAGACCGUGGUGUGCAUGCUGGCGUGCGCGAGGAUCGGCGCCAUACAUUCCGUGGUGUUCGCAGGGUUCUCCUCGGACUCGCUGGCCGAGCGGAUGGCCAGCUGCAAGGCCAAGGUGCUGGUGACGGCGGACGGCGGCUGGCGCGGCGAGAAGCUGCUCGUGCUCAAGAACACGUGCGACGAGGCCAUGCAGAAGGCCCAGGACAAGCACAACCACAAGGUCGACACCUGCAUCGUCGUCUCGCACCUCAAGCGGGUCACGCCCUGCGGGAAACUGCCCGAUGACAUCUCCUCUUUGUACAAGUGGACGGAAGACAGAGAUGUGUGGUGGCACGACGUGAUGGAGGGACAGUCCACCUUCUGCCCGCCCGAGUGGAUGGGCGCAGAGGAACCGCUCUUCAUGCUCUACACUAGUGGAUCGACCGGUAAGCCGAAAGGCGUGCUGCACACGACCGCCGGCUACCUGCUGUACGCCGCCACCACCUUCCGCUACGUGUUCGACUACCGGGACAAGGACGUGUACUGGUGCACCGCGGACGUCGGCUGGAUCACGGGCCACACCUACGUGGUCUACGCGCCGCUGGCUAACGCCGCCACCUCCGUCCUGUUCGAGGGCACGCCGUUCUACCCGGACAACGACCGCUACUGGGCCGUGGUGGAGAAGUGCAAGGUGUCGCAGUUCUACACGGCGCCCACCGCCAUCAGGACGCUCACCAAGUUCGGCGAGGAGCCCGUUAGAAGGCACGAUUUAAAGUCGCUACGAGUGCUGGGCAGCGUGGGUGAGCCGAUCAACCCCGAGGCGUGGCUGUGGUACUACAACCUGGUGGGCAACGGGCGCUGCUCCAUAGCCGACACCUUCUGGCAGACCGAGACCGGCGGCCACGUCAUCACCAGUCUGCCCGGAGCCACGCCCAUGAAGCCCGGCGCUGCGGGCUUCCCAUUCUUCGGCGUGGAACCGACGCUUCUGGACGAGAGCGGCGCCGUGAUCGAGGGCCCGGGCGAGGGCUACCUGGUGUUCGCGCGGCCUUGGCCCGGCGUCAUGCGCACGCUGUGGGCCGACCACGACCGCUACGAGCAGGUCUACUUCUCCAAGUUCCCCGGCUACUACUGCACUGGAGAUGGUGCUCGUCGCGACGAGGAUGGGUUCCUGUGGGUGACGGGCCGCAUCGACGACAUGCUGAACGUGUCCGGGCACCUGAUGUCCACGUCGGAGGUGGAGGGCGUGCUGACGGAGCACCCGCACGUGGCCGAGGCGGCCGUGGUGUCCAAGCCGCACCCCAUCAAGGGCGAGUCGCUGUAUUGCUUCGUGGUGCUGGUGGACGGCGUGCAGUUGGACGCGGCCAUGCUGGACGCGCUGCGCAAGCUGGUGCGCGCGCGCAUCGGCGCGUUCGGUGUGCCCGACACCGUGCAGUACGCGCCCGGCCUGCCCAAGACGCGCUCCGGCAAGAUCAUGCGCCGCGUGCUGCGCAAGGUUGCCGUCGGCGACCGCGACGUCGGCGACGUCUCCACGCUCGCCGAGCCCGCCGUCGUCGAACAACUCUUCGACAACCGCCCUUAGAUCGCCGCUACCACUUAUCUAAUACCGCUUCUUUCCUACUUCAUUCGGUGACAAUUGAUUUGAAGGUUUGCCCUAACUCCACAUGCUACAGUUGUUAUCCGUCCGCUUCCAUCCUUGUUUAGGCAUAUAGGCAGGCGCUUGACUCCGGAGAACGCAGAUUUGUGAGCAACUACUUAUUGACGUAAUCUUGUAAAUUCGCCUAAGCAAUAAUAUUUACGGUACCAACUUUAGAAUAGGGGUCUAUGCGAGUAUUAUCAUAAACAAGCUAACUGUGCCUAAUAAUAUGGUUUAAUAUUUAUAUUCAAUGCUUAUAUACUAACUGGAUAAAAAAAUGACUGUACCGAAUUAUUGACACAUUAAACCAUUUUAUUACAAGUAUGUUAAUAGUAUAAAUGUUUAUUAUAAAAUGUUAUUAUCGAAUAUAUGAAAUACAUAUGUGAUUUUUGAACAUCUUCUGUAAGAUGUGCUUAACAUGUUUAUAGAAAUUCUAUAAGAGUGGUGUAAGUAAAACGAGCAAGUUAUUUACGGGGACAGAGUGACCCAGCCUUUUUGAGCGAGUCAGUCGCGCCCACAGUUAUUGUGCUGUUAAGUACAAGCCAUACAAAUCUGUUCCUUAUACUCUCCCCAAAUGUUUUAAUGUGUAAGCAAAACAAGAAGUUUAUAAAAAUAAGUCCAUCUUACAUUCAUUGUAAUAACUAACAGAAGUAAUAUUUAAGGCAUCCAACUAAAUGUACGUGCCCUCACAAUAUUGGGCUAUUGUUAUUUUCAUUUGGUUACUUUGAACAGGUUGGUUUGUUUAGUUUGUGAUUAUUUGACAUUGUAUGCUAUGUUGAUACCAAAAUAAUGAAGUGUGUAGUGCGUGGGAGCGAGUGAGUGUAAUAUUAUAUAGAGCCUACAUUAUGUAUAUGUAAUUUGUUGACAUGGACCGUUUCAUUUGAAAAGUAAGGAUUUGUUCGAAUGAUAUGACGUUAAACGAAUACAAAAUAAGUUCUUAUUUGUUUUUAUGAACAGUAAUACUGAUCGAUAAUGGUAAGUCAUUCCACGAUUUUUGUGUACCUAAUAUUUUAUAGUUUAAGAGAAAAAUGUUAGUAAACGUAUUAUGUUAGUUGUACUGAAUCUGUUUGUCAGGCCACACCUAUACAGUGUACCUAUAGGGCUAAUUAUGUUAAUUAGUUAACUCUGUCCGCUUCCCUGUCAGUCGACUCCGAGAAUAGAAUGAUACUGCAGUGCAUGUGUAGUGUAUGCAAGUAUAUGUAACAAUGAAGUGCUUACCUCCUAACGUGUAACCAAAGAAUAUUGAUUGAACUACUGUUGUAAAAUCUAAAAAUAAUCGUGCUAUGAAUUUGACAGCUCUACCUAAUUGUUGAUGGCCGGAUGGUCCUGCGGCUCCAUGUAUUAUUCGGUUGCGCUGGUUCUCGUGACGACAAGAGGUACCGACAUCUACAUCUGCUGUCAAAAUGGAAGAACAUUGAUUUCUUAGACUUUACGACCAACUCUAGUUCAGUCAGUAUUCUUUAUGUAACAAAAUAAUAGAAAAUAUAGCUAUAAAGUUAACUGUAGAUUCAUCAUUUUUAAGUAGCCUUAUUUAAUUUUGGAAAAUAGGUAGGUUGUUUUGAUAAACAUUUGUUUGUUUUUUUUUCUUAAUUAUGUUUUUGGUUCUAUAUAGUUUUUUAUUAUUUGAAUAAUUUAGAUAUUAUAAUUUAUAGGUUGUGAUAUUGUUACUUUGUGAUUGAUACAUGUUGGUUCCUGUAUUGUGCACAAAAUAAAAGAUUCAGGGUCACACUCCUGAAUGUUAUCGUUGAUUUGAAGUUGUCAGUACGCAGCGCGCGUCGAUACCCCUGAUCCUAUCGAGGCCGCAGGCGGCGCCACUGGCGCCCAAUAUGGAACUAUUCCUGCUACGAACGAGGCCAUCGUGUGGCGUGGAAAUGAUUGCAAUGAAAACAGAUAUAUUCCACAAAAAUAUCUGUUCUUUUUUGCAUUUGAGAAUCUUGACUUAACUCCCACACUAAUUAAAUUAUUGCAAUGUGAUUUUAUAAAUGUUUUUUAAUAGACAAUGGAAUAUAUCUGUGUCUAUGAUCUAUUCUAGAGCAUGGAGUUCGUGUUUUGUAACUCGAACAUAGUUUAUUUAGGCCACCAUGCCCCUUGUGCCAGUAUUGAGUGAAUAGUAAAAGUUAAGGGAACGACCGCCCCUUCUUUAAUGCUAUAAUAAUUUAGUUCGAAUAAGGCGUUUCCUUAGAACGUGUGCUGUAUAUCGUCACUACUUUAAAAAAAACUUGUAUCUUCGUCUGUCAAUGAAAAUAAAAUUGUAGUAAGUAUGUAUGGAAUGCAUAUAGACUUACUGCGUUUUAACUUUGAGGAACAGCGUGAGAUACGAGAUUUUUUAAAGUUUAGUAUGAAAUGUUCAUACCUACAUAACAUACCUACUAUCCUGCCAGUAACACCUUACUAUAACAGUAUGAUCGGCUAUUCAAACAUUUCAAAUACCCAGGGAUGGUCUAGUCCAAAAUUACACAUCUACAUCUAUUACUUACUUCAUACGAGUGUGAACAUGAAUGCUUGAGAAGUAUUUGUUCCCAAAUCUUGUAGGCGGCAACUUCUGAAUAGGGCGGGUGUUAUAGAUGGAUAUAACCGGAUACUACUGCUGAGCCCAAUACAUUUUUCGAUAACGGCAAAGCAGUUACCUAAGUAUCGUGAUUCAAUGUGGUUUAACUACGUACUAAAGAUAGACACUUAAAAUAUACCUAAAUAUAUUAAAUUAAUGAUUCUGAA